ACAGGUGUGUUGGGGGUGUGGUCUGUGCAGAGAGAUCUGGACUCCCUGCUGAAUUCACCUGGAGAAGAGUAUUAACUUGUUUCAACAGAUUUUUAUUGGAUUUAAAAAUGUGCAGGCUGACCAUGUUCCAGCUCCUGCAUGUUUCUGUGUUGUGGUUCCUCUUCCUCCCCUCGGCGCUGUGUGACAACCUGCGGUGCUACUACAGCCCCAUCCUGGAGAAACAGGAGGAGUUCGAGCUCAUUGUGACCGAGUGCCCUCCUGACGAGCUGUGCUUCAAGGCAGACGGUCGCUACGGCAAUCACAGCGCCCUGUCGGCCAGGGGCUGCAUGGCGAAGAGGGACUGCGAGCAGGUGCACAAGCUCCGCUUCAGGGGAACCGUCUACACCAUGAGCUACGCCUGCUGUGACGGGCCGUACUGCAACUCCUGCACGGUGGUCACAGCCGGUCUCCUCUCCAUCACUCUAACACUAGUCAGUGUAGCUGUGGCGGUCGGCAGCUUGUGACCACAGACUCCUGAGGAGCUCCGUCUUUAAUCUGAUGUCACAGUUGAUUAUGUGAAGAAGAGAUCUCUGCAGCCUCAACAUGGAGUAAUGAUGAAGGCCAGUGUUAUCUGACACUGAGGUGUGCACCACAGUGAGGGCAGAUGUCAACAUAUAAUUUUUAAUCAUUUUAAUAUCUAAUCUGCUAUUAUGUUUGAAUGUCUGUGAAUAAAUAUUUUAAAUUGUAA